UGGCGGCCGAAAAUGGGGUCCAAUAAUAAAAGCAUCUCUGUCUCUGCAACUCUGCCAGCCUUUCUUCAACCGUUUCUUGCUGUCGACCCUCCCAAAUCAGAAUCACAACUACAAAUAAAAUCAAACAAUUAAACCCCAAAUCUUUCUUAAUUUCACCAACAGAUCACAGCUCCUCAAAAAUGGACUCAUCGGACGACGAAGGAGAGGAGUACUUGUUCAAAGUAGUCAUCAUCGGCGACUCAGCUGUCGGAAAAUCAAACCUGCUAUCUCGUUACGCUCGAAAUGAGUUCAAUAUGCAUUCCAAAGCUACAAUCGGAGUCGAGUUUCAAACUCAGAGCAUGGAAAUCGACGGGAAGGAGGUCAAGGCUCAGAUUUGGGACACCGCAGGCCAGGAACGCUUCCGUGCUGUCACCUCCGCUUACUACCGUGGCGCCGUUGGUGCCCUAAUUGUUUACGAUAUUUCCCGGAGCACCACAUUCGAUAGCGUCUCCCGAUGGCUGGAGGAGCUCAAUACUCAUUCAGAGACAACAGUGGCAAGAAUGUUAGUGGGAAACAAAUGCGAUCUGAACAAUAUCAGAGCUGUGUCUGUUGAAGAUGGCAAGAACCUUGCAGAAAAAAACGGAUUGUUCUUCAUGGAGACAUCAGCACUCGAUUCAACAAAUGUGAAAACAGCUUUUGAAAUGGGUCACUCUUCCAAAUGA